ACCAGCAAUAUAUGGAACAAGUUGUUUAGCAUCCCAAGUUUCUUUCAUAUUUUCACAAACAAUUUGAAUACAGCUAUAUUAAAGACACAUCUAUCCAUGCUCACAAACAACAAACCAAUCCCUAUACCAUAUCAAUAAUUUUUCGAGCCACUGUAAACCGUUAGCACAAGCAAAUCGCUUUAUCGAAUCAUUGUCGUAGUACAGAAAAUUUAUCCCUUCAUUUGCAUCAAUUGCUGCACCGAUCCAUGCAAUAACAAACUUAUCCAAAUCAAAUUGACAUAAAUUUAAAUGGGGAUUAGAGCAAUCAAAGUCUUUUUAUAAUUUAAAAGAAAUGUUGACAUCAUCUCCACUUUUCUUGAAUUUUCCAGAUGAUACACGACCAGUAGUUCUAUCGACAGAUGCUUCUCAAGUCGGUUUAGGUGGUGUACUUUAUCAAGAGAUUGAUAAUGAAAGAAAAAUACUUUAUUAUCAUUCUGAAUUAUUGAAUUCAACUCAAAGAAGAUAUCUUCCUAUCGAACUUGAAGCACUUGCAAUUUAUCGAUGCUUCACUCGAAUGAAAUCUUUUUUACUUGGUCGAGAUAUUAUUAUUUAUACUGAUAACUGUCCAAUUUGUCACAUGAUGGAAAAAAAAGAUUUUGAAUCGACGUGUUGAAAAGAUAUCAAUUUUACUUCAAGAAUUUAAUAUUAAAGAAAUUAUACAUGUCAAAGGAAAAUACAAUUGUUUACCAGAUUAUCUUUCACGAAAUACAAUUGCUGUUGAUGAUGAAUUAGCUCAUCAUGAAUAUGGUUUAAAUUUUAAGAAAGAUAAUUCUUCUUCCAUUCAAUUACUUGGAGCAGUUGUUACUCGAUCAAAAUCUAAAGCAACAACACAACAUAUUACAACAAAUUCAUCUCCACCACAACAUGAUACAUCAAUAACACGUUUGAAUGAUUUUAAUCGUUCGAAUCUUAAUGAAAUUGUGUUUGAUAUUACGAAAUUGAAGGAACACCAGUUGAAUGAUAAACAAAUCCAAAAAGAUGGAACUUUAUACAAAUUAAUAUCUGCUCCACAUGGAAAAACAAAACGUAAAUUAUUUUAUAUUUCAUCAUCAAUGAUCAAAUCACUCAUUACUUCUUAUCAUGAUAAUCCUCUUAUUGGUGGUCAUUUUGCAGUUCGACGAAUAUUAGAAAAACUUAAACAACAGUACUGGUGGCCCGAAAUGAAAGAAUCAGUUAUUGAUCAUAUUAAAUCUUGUAUUCAUUGUCAAGCUUACAAUGUUACUCAACAAAAAUCUCCUGGUUUUCUUCAUCCAACUCCACCACCUGAUGGUCCUAAUCAACUGCUAGGAAUGGAUUUUUGUGGUCCAUUUUCAAUAACACCACAAGAAAAUAGAUAUGUUUUAUGUCUUACCGAUUAUUUCACAAAAUUUAUUGUUGCUGUUGCUUUACCUACUUGUUCUGCUGGUGUUACAGCUGAAGCUAUUUUCAAGAAUUAUAUUUGCCUUUUUGGAGUACCAAAAACAAUUAUUUCAGAUCAAGGAACAAGUUUUAAAAACAAUCUGAUCCAUUCAUUAUCGAAAUUAAUUGGUUACCAUCACAUAUUUUGCACUCCUUAUGGACCACAAUCAAAUGGAGCUGUCGAAAGGUUUAAUGGAACAUUCGUUACUCAACUUGCUAAAUUAACAAAUGAAGAAACAAACAAUUGGGAUGAAUACCUUUAUCCUAUUAUUUUUGCAUACA